GAGAAUAUGACUUUUCCGCCUCUGUCCUUGGGAAAUUGAGCUUUCACGCUUCGAAAUCUCUUUCGCGACAUAGGAUUUGGAUUGUGAAUAUCUUAAUUGGGCCAUGGGCAUAAGGAAUUAUAUUGCAUAUUCAUUGCAGGAUUUCUGAAGACAUUUUGACAUCUUUUUUCUACUUUGAAUUUCGGUUUUGCAUGGUAAAUUUAUCUGCUAUGAAGGUGAAAGACAGAAUCAGUGGACUUCCUCUGGAUAUACUAGCCCAUAUUUUAGGAUUAUUGCGGAUUCGAGAAGCUGCUAUAUCUGCCCUUUUGUGUACGAGUUUGAGAGAUGCUUGGUUAAGUCUGCCACACCUCAACUUUGACAGCCACUUCUUCAUUUACCUUCGGAGCCGUCAUAUGGAAGCAUUAACAACACUCAUAAUCAAGACAAUCAUCAUCAAGCACAAAGGACCUAUUCGAAAAUUUAAGUUUGAUUUUUACAUGAUAAGAUGUAUGAAUAAGAUGUCUACGUGGUUGGACUUUGAUGAAAUGUUACAUCGUCUCACCCGAAAAGGAGUCGAGGGAAUACAUCUUUCUAUUUGUUCAUGUACUCGAUACGUAUUGCCAGAUUGCAUAUUUUCUUGCCUAACGCUACAGACACUGCAUCUUUCAGGAGUCUUUUUUGCCCAAAUUAGAGCCCCUUGCAUAUUCCCGAAUGUUACUUCACUUUUCUUAGAAAAUGUCAAGUUUGAUCAAACAAAAUGUUCUCAUGUUGAACUGCCUAUGCUUAGGAAUCUAACCUGUGAAAGCAUUUCUGAUUUUGACUUUACUGCCCCAAUGCUUAGAAGUUUGAAAUUUUGUGUUCGUCGGUAUUCUAACAUUGCUGGAACAAACUCUUGUCUCAUUCUUCCGGUUAAGUUCGACUUGGGAACUUUACGCUAUCUUCAUAUUGGAAAUAUUGGACUUGGGAGGUUUGUUGAAGAGCUAUCUAGAAUUGGUCAAGCACAGACUACACUAAAUGUGGAACACCUGAAGCUACGCUUGAAUGACAAGUAUUCGGAUAACAUAUCAACUUUCUUACACUUGUUGCGGAUGUGCCCAAUGUUAAUCAAACUUGAUAUACAUUUAACGUUCGGGGAAAGGUUUACAAGUGAAGAAGACCUACUGAUGGUCCCUGAGCAUACGUUGGCCCAAACAUUCGAUACAAUUCGGGAUUUAAGCAUAGUUUGCUGGUUUCAUGGGUCAAGUCCUAAAAUGACAUUCUUCAAAUGGCUACUUUGCCGCUUUCCUGCCCUUGAGAAGGUUCUAUUUUUUUCAAAUUAUAUGGAUUCAGACGACAAUCCAUCUGAAGAUAUGGAGACCCUUAUGUGCUUCCUGCGUGCCCAUAAAGAAGUAGAUAUUACUUAGGGAAAACUGUCAAAUAGGUCCUCGAACUUUCAUAAAAAAGUCAAUUAAGUCCUUCUAUAAGAGAUUCUGUCUGGCCGUCGCGAUUUGGGGCAGUUCCCAAUGGAAUUUUUUGGUGAAAUUUUUUUAGCAUCUUACUGAUCAAGUCUAG